GUUUGUUACUUGGUUGUGUUCACUCACAAAUUUCGUGUAUUUGAUGAUUUCCUUCUAAUUUGUGACUUUUGAAUAUUAAAAAUUGAAGUGCUCCAAAUGGCACAGGACUCGGCCGACUACGCCAUUGAGGAUGAUGAUCUUUGCCUCGACAACGAGGCGUCCGAGAUUCAACGACUUCAGCUGACAGCUCCAGUGGAGCCGCAACCACAGGAAGAUUUAGAUGAACGUGUGGCCAAAAUCGAAUUUCAUUGCAGUGUUUGCAAUAUGCACGAAAUGGUACAUUACUAUGGACGAGCGCCGCCUUUCGCUCUAGGCAUUAAAUUUCGUGAAGACAGCUAUGUGUUACGAGAUCCCUUUCAGGCACCGCCGCCACGUUGGCAAUCCAAACCAGAGUUCUACGUGGCAUUGGGCGUAAAGUGUUCCAGUUGUAACAGCGUUGUGUGUAAGGAUACUUCAUGCAGUUUCUAUUACACAAAAACCUUUUGCCUGGAAUGUGGCAAGGUCGAGCUCAAGAAUUGGCCUGUGGAGGCGCAAAGUCGAUUUCGUAAGCAGCUGGCAGCCAAAAAACCAUAAUAGGGAUUCUUACUUAUAAAAAGGUCUUUAAUAUGUAUAUGUAAAACAUCAUAUUUUAAUUCUUGUUUUGAAAAUGGCGAAAUAUAUUUUGAAUUCGUAACGAGCAAGUUCAACAGCUGUUAUUAUUAGUUUGUUAUCGAUGUUAAUACUCGAUAUAUUUUGUAUUGCAAUCACACACUACGAUAGGUCGCACCAAUUAAACCAAAAAUAUCGGAGUAUCGAUUUUAGUUCAAGAAACAACAAUCAUUUGUUCAUUCAUUCAAUUCGGAAGCGAACGUCAACCAAGUAGGACGCUAUUACCGCGUCUUUCCUAUUGUUGACUAUAUAGACCGUGUUUAUUGUGUUUGUGUUUAUUUGUUAUAUUGAAUGAAAAUGUAUAAAUAAAUGUAAUCUUAUGUGUCAGACUGUUAUUUGAUAAAUAAUGUAUUGACCAUUCAGUGUUAAAUAAAACGCCUCUCAAUGCAGUUCAUGAGAAUUUGACAUUUAAAUGAUGUUGUUGUAACAACGACUGCAGGCAAAAAUUGUGGCACUGUAGCGGCGGCUUGUUGGCGUUGCGGCUGCUUGUAGACCAAAUUCGCGGACGCGGACGCACCCACCCAAAUCCAAAACCAAAGCCCCAAUUCCAAUUUGCUGUGUAACCAAGCGCAAGUGUUUGUGCCUGUGUGUGUGUAUAUAUUACGUGUGUGUGUAUGCGCGGGCGAGGCAGGGACAGGAGCAUGGGCUGCCCAGCCGGUUUCGUUGCGCGAGUUAAUUGACAA